AUGAUGUUUACGUCUUCCAGUGGUGAGGUUGGAGAUGGUCCUGCUGUAUUGCAGUUGCAAAAAUGGAGCCAGUUGCAUUUUCAACUUCAAUUAUCAGAAUUUUGCGAUGCUUUUAUCUCCCCAACAAGGGAGCUGCUACUAUUGCUUUCAUAUCAGUGUGAAGCCUUGUUACUUCCUCUAGUUACUGGAAAAGGGCCGCGUGUGCUGAUGAAGACGGAUGAUGAAGGCAGGUUUUCUUCUGCUGGUUCUCAAGAACCAAGUUUGUCACCUUUUGUUUAUCCAGAACACAUGGCUGUACAUACAUCAGACAUGGUAGACAAUGCCCCAUGCCCGACCAAACCUUCAGAAAUUGCGUCAUCAAAUAUUGCUUUUUUACAUGGACAUUGUUCUUCAGCUUUUGAAUCUUAUCCUGUUAUCUCCAAUGUGAAAUCAUUGGCUUGGGGACAUUGUGGGGAUGGGUACAAUGUAUAUGAGGACUCUGGUUUUAGGGAGCUUCUCUUUGUGUCAGGUGAUGAUGGCAUUACUGUUCAUGCUUUCCGUUAUCUUGAUCAAACUUCCCAAAUGCUUGAAUCUGUGCCUGAUGCUGGAGAUGUGCAAGGCAAGUGGGUGCAGUGGGGGUCCACUCAUAGCGCACAGUCAAAAGAGCGUGCUGGCAGCUGUGAAAAUUUGCAUGAGAGAAACAUGAAUUUUGGAAAUGUUGGAAGGUUAAAUGCUUAUGGUGAAUUUGGUGAUGUGGAAUCAUCUAAUGUUAGGCGAAGAAAUUGGCUAAAGUCCUUUCUAACUGUACUGGAUACCAAGGUUUCCAGUGGUAAGUAUCUGGCCAGGUUCCCUGCAAAAUCAUCACUUCCUCGUUCUGCAGAGGUUGUAUCAUUUAGCAUUUAUAAUAGUACUUUGUUAUUCUUGAAGUUUUGUGCUAAUCUUCCAAGUGAUAAGGAGGAGAACCAAAGUAUCAAAAUUGCAGAAGAUUUUCUGGGUAAUGCACCCAUAUCUGACAUAAAAAGAGGUUUUGAGUGUAUGGCUGGUUGUAUGGAUGCUUUUUACAAAUGUUUGAGAGUGUUCUCCAGUUCAUCACAUCGCUUAGUUGGUUUAGUCAUGUCAUCUUCAGAUCAUGCAUUGAUCGACAAUCAUGAACAUGAUCUUGGAAGCACAAGAAACACCUUGGUCGUGGUUAUUAUGCUACACCCAUGGGGUUUGCAGUGGGUUUGUAUGGUAGACCUCCAAGGUUCAUAUGCUGGUGUAGAUCCGAGAUCAGAAUGGGUGGACUUUCAAUUUGCGGACAACUUUCUUGUUUGUCUUAAUGCUUCAGGUUUGAUCUGCAUUUGGGGUGCAAACACUGGUAAUCCCGUUGCUCGUUUUGAUGUGUUACACAGUUGUGGAUUAGAUACAGGGUUGCCUGUAGGCAGAGAUACAUUUUUUAGAAAGGAAAAAAUUGAUGGUGAAGUUGAUCGACAAAGUGAAGUUCAUAGAAGAGAAACUUGUACUAGAGACCUUACAUGUCCUAGAACUUUUAGGAGGUUGAUGGUGGCUUCUCAUUCUUUGCUCCUAGCUAUUCUUGAUGAAUAUGGAUUGAUUUAUGUAAUUUGUGCAGAUGAUUAUAUCUCAGAAAAGCAUUAUUUGUUUAAUAACUCCAUGCAGCCUUCUCAGCAUUCUGAUCUUGGCAUAUUGGCUGGUUGGAAGGUUGCUGGUUGUGAUAUAAGUGGUCAAAAUUUAUCAUCUGAUCUUUCCAGUCAUCAAGGUUUACUUAAUUCCGAUAUCUCCGGUGAAGGCUUUUCAAAUAUAAAUCUGAGUAAUUUUUCUAGACAUUGGGAAAGAAGAAAGCAACAUUUUCAGAACAAAGAAAGUCAAAUGAAAGCUUCUUUUAGUGGUUUUAGUACUGCUAUACAGAAAAAGGUUCAGAGGAAAUCUCAGCGUGGAUCUGAAAUAUCCUCGACUCCUAUGCGUAGAAUAUUUCUUCCUAUAGACAGAUCCAACAGAGAAGAUUCUGUUUGCCUUUCACCCUUUGGAGUCACUAGACUUGUUAAAUGUAAUCAGAAGAAGCAGAAUGGUUACAAAAUUGUUCACACCAGUUUAUACGUGGCUCCAUCAGUUCUUGAUGAAAGAGAUUUGGAUGCCCUUUGGCAAUCGAAAAGGUCUUCUGCUACUAGGAUGUUUGUAUCUGCAGCUAAAGAAUAUUUUUUGGUAGGAGAGUUGAUUGGAUGCUCUUUCCAAGGAUGUUUGUAUCUGGUUUCCCAAGAUGGCCUCUCUGUUGUUCUCCCAUCAGUUUCAAUUUCACCUGGUGACAUUCCAGCAGAAUCCAUUAGGUAUUGGCAACCAAGUAUUGUUGCAGAUGGCAAUAAUCAGGUUAAGAAUUUUUUGGCUAUAAAUGAAGCUAGAGAGCUGUGCAGACCUUGGCAAAUAGAGGUUUUGGAUAGAGUACUAUUAUAUGAAAGCCCUAAAGAGGCCGAGCACAUCUGCUUGGAGAAUGGAUGGGACCUGAAAAUUGUUCGAGUGCGUCAGAUGCAGUUGGCAUUGCAAUUCUUAAAAUCGGAUGAGAUAGAACAGUCUUUGGAUAUGCUUGUAGAUGUCAAUAUGGCGGAAGAAGGCAUCCUGAGAUUGUUAUUCACUUCUGUUUAUCGGAUCUUUUGCAAGACUGGAAGUGAUAACGAGGUAGCCUUGGCGUCUAGGUUGCUGGCUCUAGCUGCUCGGUUUGCAACGAAAAUGAUUCGAAGAUAUGGGCUAUUAAAGCGUAAAAAAGAAAAGUCCAUGUUAAGCAUUGAGAAAGAUUUAAGAAUUUCUUGUCAGCAGCCAAAUUUGCCUGCUCAUGAGUUUGAUGAAAUUAGCAAUUCAAGAAGGCUUUUUGAGAUGUCUCACUUUCUGGAGAUUAUUCGAAACCUCCAGAGCCGAUUGAUUUCAAAAAGCAGAAGGCCAAGUCAAGGGCUUGCAGAUGCUAAAGAUGCAGCAAAUGUGGUGGAUGCAGAUGUACUACAGGAUGAUUCUCCUUUUCCUGUUGUUAUAGCUGAUCCCGGCUCAUCAGCAUUGCUGGAUGCUUCGGAAGGUCACACUAAGGGAGGAUCAGCCUUCAGGACAUCUGAGUUGGCAUUUGAUGACUCUGGCAAUCGAGCUUUAACAUGUAUAGAAUCUUCUGUCGAGAUGGCAAAAGUGAUUCCUUUGGAAAAUCCCAAGGAUAUGAUUGCUCGCUGGGCGGUAGAUAAUUUUGACCUGAAAACUGUUGUCAAAGAUGCUUUACACUUUGGUCGUCUCCCUUUAGCCGUUCUUCAGCUGCACCUUCAACAUCAGAGACAAAUAGUGCCUGGCAAGGAACCGCACGAUACUUUCAGUGAAAUUCGUGAUGUUGGAAGAGCUAUUGCUUAUGAUCUGUUUUUAAAGGGGGAAAGUGGACUAGCGGUGGCAACACUGCAAAGACUGGGAGAAGAUAUAGAAGUUGUUCUUAGAGAAUUGCUGUUUGGUACUGUGAGGAGAUCACUUAGGGCACGAAUUGCAGAGGAAAUGAAAUCAUAUGGAUACCUGAGAGCACAUGAAUGGAAAACUUUGGAGAGAAUUUCUGUUAUUGAGAGGCUGUAUCCAAGCAGUAGCUUCUGGGGUACAUUUCUUGGGAAGCAGAGAAAUAUAUGUGAAGCUGCAACAACUGUUACUAAAUCUGAAGCAGAAAAUUUGAUAUUAAGUUUUCAUGUAUGUGACGAUCUUACCAUUGAAUGUGGUGAUAUCGAUGGAGUUGUCAUCGGUUGCUGGGAAAAUAUUGAUCAUGGCCAUGCCUUUUCUCCGGUUUGUGAAGAUAGUGUUGAUGCUGGGUACUGGGCUUGUGCAGCUGCAUGGUCUGAUGCAUGGGACCAAAGAACUGUUGAUCGUAUAGUGCUUGAUCAACCUUUUCAUAUGGGAGUUUAUGUACCAUGGGAAUCUCAACUUGAAUAUCACGUCUCGCACAAUAAUUUAGAGGAGGUCUACAAACUAUUGGAUGUGAUUCCUACAACAUUCUUGUCAGAAGGUUGUCUCAAAAUUAAUUUGGACAGUUCACAUUCUGCUGCAAAUGAUGGGAUGGAUUUAAAGUUUCCUGAUUAUGCAAUGUGCAUUUGUGCUGCUGAAGAAUUAGAGCCUCUGUGCAUUGAUGUCCCGCAUGUUAAAAUUCUCAGAUUUCCAACUACUACAUGUUCAUCAUGGUUAAAAAUGCUCAUGGAACAGGAACUGGCCAAGAGGUAUAUUUUUUUGAAAGAGUACUGGCAAAGUACUGCUGAGAUCAUAUCACUUCUUGCCCGUGCUGGGUUGCUUAUCAACUUGUCCAAGUUCUCCACCAAUUAUAAAUCUUCUAAGAGUUCUCUUGAUGUAGAUAUAUUAGUCAGUGAUCAGUCUCACGAUGAUACCAUAGAAGCCUUGCAUAAGCUUGUUGUACAUCAUUGUAUACAAUAUAACUUGCCAUACCUUCUGGACCUUUACCUUGAUCAUCAUAAUCUGGCUCUAGAUUAUGGUUCUCUUUGCUCACUACAGCAAGCUGCAGGAGACUGCCAAUGGGCAAAAUGGUUGCUUUUUUCUAGGAUUAAAGGAUGUGAAUAUGAAGCAUCAUUCUCUAAUGCCCGUUCAAAUUUAUCUCGUCAAAUGAUCCUUGGCAGCAACCUUAGUGUUCUAGAGAUUGAUGAGAUAAUACGCACUGUUGAUGAUAUGGCUGAAGGGGGAGGAGAGUUGGCUGCUUUGGCUACUUUAAUGUAUGCUUCUUCUCCGAUGCAAGAGUGUGCUUGUUCUGGAAGUGUGAACAGGCAUUGUAGCUCUUCUUCUCAGUGCACAUUAGAGAAUCUAAGGCCUGGUCUUCAGCACUUUCCCACCCUGUGGCGGACGCUUGUAGCCAGUUGCUUUGGGCAAGAUGCAAAUGACUAUUCCUUGAGUCCCACUGCAAGUAAUGUUUUUGGAAAGUCAGCAUUCUCAGACUACUUGAGCUGGCGCAAUAGCAUUUUUUCAUCUGCUGGAGGUGACGCUUCGUUAAUACAGAUGCUCCCAUGCUGGUUCCCAAAGUCCAUUAGAAGAUUAAUAAAACUCUUUGUCCAGGGUUCUCUUGGAUGGCAAUCACUAUUGGGUGCGGUAACUACUGGAGAAUCCUUUCUAUAUCGAGAUAACAGCUAUGUUGUUAGUGCAAAUCGGAAUGGUGGAGUAAGCGCUAUAUCUUGGGAAGCAUCUAUACAAAAAAGUAUUGAGAAGGAACUAUGUUCUUCACUUGAGGAGAACGGGUUUGGGGUGGAACACCAUCUGCAUCGUGGCCGAGCAUUGGCAGCUUUCAACCAUCUUCUUGGUGCACGGGCUUUAAAAUUAAAAUCGGUGAAUGCACAUCAAGAACUGUCUGGACAACCAAAUAUCCAGGCAGACAUGCAAACAAUUCUUGCACCUUUAACUCAAAGCGAAGGAUCAAUUCUUUCAUCUGUCGUGCCACUGGCUGUUAUUCAUUUUGAAGAUUCUGUACUGGUUGCUUCAUGUGCAUUCUUUUUGGAGCUUUGUGGUCUAUCUGCCAGCAUGCUCCGUGUGGAUAUUGCUGCACUACGGCGCAUUUCUUCUUAUUAUAAUUCAGUUGAGCAUAAUGUACAUUAUGAACAUGUUUCCCCACGGGGUUCUGUAGUUCAUGCAGUAUCGCAUGAAGGUGAUCUUACUGCUUCUCUUGCUCGAGCAUUAGCAGAUGAUUAUAUUCACCAUGAUCAUCUUAACAUUUUGGAGAAAAAAGAUGUUCCGUCUGAAGUAUCGAAAGGUAAACCAUCACAGCCUCUCAUGAGUGUCUUACACCAUCUGGAAAAAGCUAGUUUGCCACCAACGGAUGAAAGCAAGACUUCCGGCACUUGGCUUCUAAGUGGAAUUGGUGAUGGGUCUGAAUUCCGAUCUCGGCAAAAAGAUGCAAGUCGGCAUUGGAACUUAGUCACAGCAUUCUGUCAGAUGCAUCAUCUUCCCUUAAGCACAAAAUAUCUUGCUUUACUUGCAAAUGACAAUGAUUGGGUUGGGUUCCUAACAGAAGCUCAGCUGGGCGGCUUUCCAGUGGACGUUAUCAUCCAAGUGGCGGCCAAGGAGUUCAGUGAUCCACGACUCAAGACCCAUGUAUUAACAAUUUUGAGAAGCAUGCAGUCAGCAAGAAAGAAAACUAGCCCUUUGACAAACACAUCAUCAUCAGGAAGCAGUGAAAUUUCUUUGGAUACUGAUAAUAGCACAACUUUGGAACUUUUUGGGAUUCUUGCAGAGUGUGAGAAGCAAAAAAAUCCUGGAGAGGCCCUUCUAAGAAAAGCAAAAGAUUUACGCUGGUCUCUGUUGGCGAUGAUUGCUUCAUGCUUUCCAGAUGUUUCUCCCCUUGCAUGCUUAACAGUUUGGCUUGAGAUUACAGCAGCAAGGGAGACAUCAUCCAUUAAGGUGGAUGAUUUAUCCUCUAAGAUUGCAAACAGUGUUGGAGCUGCUGUUGAGGUCACAAAUACAUUGCCAAUUGGAAGCAGAACGCUAGCAUUUCGUUAUAAUCGGAGGAAUUCAAAGCGAAGGCGUCUUAUGGAACCCACAUCACGAAACUCCACAAUGGGUUCCUCUUUCAAUGUUCCUAGCACAUCAACGUCUACCAUAGCUUCUAUUGCUCAGGAAAUUGUCAAUGAGGAGGAAAGGAAAAGGAUGGUCAUAGAACAACCAAAAAGUUCCAAUGAUGUUGAUGAAGGUCUUGCAUCUCUGUCAAAUAUGGUAGCAGUGCUUUGUGAACAGCAUCUAUUUCUUCCUCUUCUUAGAGCUUUUGAGAUGUUUCUGCCAUCAUGCUCUCUUCUCCCUUUUAUACGUUUUCUUCAGGCAUUUUUUCAAAUGCGACUGCCGGAGGCUUCUGCCCACCUUGCAUCAUUUUCAGCUCGAAUAAAGGAAGAACCAUUUCUUAUUCAAAUGAACUCAGCGAGAGAUGGGCUGCUUAAAACAGCAUGGAUAAGCUCCACUGCUGUAAAAGCUGCAGAAGCUAUGCUGUCGACAUGUCCAUCAGCAUAUGAGAAAAGGUGCUUGCUGCAGCUUCUCGCAGCAGCUGAUUUUGCAGAUGGGGGAUCUGCUUCAACAUAUUUCCGGCGACUAUAUUGGAAAAUCAAUCUAGCUGAACCUUCUCUACGCAAAGAUGAUGAUGUAUAUUUAGGGAAUGAAACUCUGGAUGAUGCCUCUCUUUUAACAGCACUUGAGAAGAAUGGGCGUUGGGAACAAGCUCGUAAUUGGGCAAGGCAACUAGAAUCAAGUGGUGCAUCUUGGAAGUCUGCAGUUCAUCAUGUUACUGAAGCACAGGCUGAAGCCAUGGUAGCGGAGUGGAAAGAGUUCCUUUGGGAUAUCCCGGAUGAGAGAGCUGCUUUAUGGAGUCAUUGUCAGACACUUUUCCUUAGAUAUUCUUUUCCCCCUUUGCAGGCAGGACUAUUUUUCCUCAAACAUGCGGAAGCCAUUGAAAAAGAGAUUCCAGCAAGAGAAUUACAUGAAAUGCUCCUUCUUUCUCUACAGUGGUUGAGUGGAACUAUGACUCAGUCCCCUCCGGUUUAUCCUCUGCAUCUUCUGCGGGAGAUUGAGACUAGAGUAUGGCUCUUAGCUGUAGAAUCAGAAGCUCAGUUCAAGGCUGACCUUACGUCACCCAGUUCUGUCCAGAAUCUGGCAGGGGGAAAUAGUGCCAGCAUUAUAGAACAGACUGCAAGUGUCAUCACAAAAAUGGAUAAUCAUAUACAUGUGAUGCGGAUGAAAGCUGCAGAUAGAAAUGGAACCAGGGAAAAUAACCUGUCACAUCAUCGGUACUCACAAGUCUCAGAAUCUAACAGUUUAGCAACAGCAGCAAAUAGUACAAGGAUGAGGAGAAGGGCCAAAACAUAUCUUCCAUUAAGGCGGCCUGUUAUUGACAACAUUGAUAAUGAUUCUGAUGAUUAUCCUAAUUCUCCACGUAAUUCCAAGAGCAAUGGUGAUCUAUCCAGAAAUUUUCUGUUACAAGAGGAUAGCAUGAAAAUAGAAGCAUCUGUCUCGGCAUGGGAGGAAAAAGUGAGGCCUGCAGAAAUGGAGAGGGCAGUUCUUUCUCUCCUCGAGUUUGGACAAAUAACGGCUGCUAAACAGCUUCAACAGAAGCUGUCCCCAGAACAUGUGCCACUAGAAUUUGUCCUCAUUGAUGCUGCUUUAAAGCUUGCUGUGUUAUCAUCUUCCAAUGACAGUGGAGAGCUUAGCGAGUCGGUGCUUGAUCCUGAUGUCCUUUCAGUUAUUCAAUCAGUCAGUGUACCAAUCAGCAAUCAUAUGAUUGAUCCCUUUCAGGCUUUGGAGUCAUUAGCCACAAAGUGUGGUCAAGGUUGUGGGCGUGGACUGUGUAGGAGAAUAGUGGCUGUUGUCAAAGCUGCCAAAGUUUUAGGUCUUCCAUUUUCUGAAGCAUUUGAGAAACGUCCUGUUGAGUUACUACAAUUACUUUCUCUAAAAGCACAAGACUCUCUUGAGGAAGCCAAGCUCUUAGUGCAGACUCACAGCAUGCCUCCACCGAGUAUUGCACGAAUUCUCGCUGAAUCCUUUUUGAAGGGAUUACUAGCGGCACAUCGUGGAGGAUACAUGGAUUCUCAAAAAGAGGAAGGCCCUGCCCCUCUUUUGUGGAGGUUUUCAGACUUUUUGAAGUGGGCAGAGCUUUGUCCUUCUGAACCAGAAAUUGGCCAUGCACUGAUGCGUUUAGUGAUGACCGGACAAGAAAUACCACAUGCUUGUGAGGUUGAACUCCUCAUACUGUCACACCAUUUCUACAAGUCGUCUGCCUGUCUUGAUGGUGUUGAUGUGCUUGUGACACUUGCGGCAAACAGGGUAGAAUCAUAUGUACUAGAGGGAGAUUUUUCUUGUUUGGCUCGCCUAAUCACUGGAGUGAGCAAUUUCCAUGCCUUGAACUUCAUUCUUAACAUCCUCAUAGAAAAUGGCCAGCUGGAGCUGCUACUUCAGAAAUAUUCUACUGCUGACAUAGCCACAGGGACAGCUGCAGCAGUCAGAGGAUUCCGAAUGGCUGUUCUUACAUCGCUGAAGCUUUUUAACCCACAGGAUCUUGAUGCAUUUGCUAUGGUCUACAACCAUUUUGACAUGAAGCAUGAAACUGCAUCACUCCUUGAGUCCCGAUCCAUGCAAUGCAUGCAACAAUGGCUUGCUCGUCGUGAUAAGGAUCGUCAGAACGAAGACUUGCUGGAGGCCAUGCACCACCUCAUUGAUGCUGCUGAAGUUCUCUCCACCAUUGAUGCGGGCCACAAGACUCAUCGUGCCUGUGCCCGUGCUUCCCUGCUGUCCCUCCAGAUUCGAAUUCCUGAUCUCCAGUGGGUUGAUCUCUCAGAAACCAAUGCUCGCCGGGCCCUUGUUGACCAGUCCCGUUUUCAGGAGGCUCUCAUUGUGGCAGAAGCAUACAACCUAAACCACCCGGGAGAAUGGGCUCCAGUUCUAUGGAACCAGAUGUUAAAACCAGACCUCAUCGAACAGUUUGUGGCAGAGUUUGUCGCGGUGCUGCCAUUGCAGCCAUCAAUGCUUCUUGAGCUGGCAAGAUAUUACAGAGCUGAGGUAGCAGCAAGAGGAGAUCAAUCACAUUUUUCUGUGUGGCUCUCACCAGGAGGGUUGCCCGCAGAGUGGGUAAAACAUUUAGGGAGGUCAUUCAGGAGCCUACUGAAGAGGACAAGGGAUUUGAGGCUAACGAUGCAGUUGGCAACAAUUGCAACGGGAUUUGGUGAUGUGAUUGAUGCAUGCAUGAAGGUGUUGGAUAAGGUUCCGGAUAAUGCAGGCCCUCUAAUCUUGAGGAGGGGUCAUGGUGGGGCAUACCUUCCGCUUAUGUAGUCUAUAUUGUAAGUUCUUUUUCGGUGAGGUGACAGUACAAAUGGUACUCAAAGUGGAAAGGCCUGAGUGGAUCAGAUGGGGCAGUUAACUGAUAGCCUUUUCCUAGCAAGUUUCUUUUCUCAUUUUUUGUUCUUUUGUAUGUACAGUUGAGUGCGGAUAUUCUUUUUGAUACACAACAGCUGAGUGAGGUGGGUUUUUUAAGCUUCAUUUUGGCCUGAGUUUUUUUUUUAAUUUUUUUCCCAUAGGAAGCUUAUAGCAGUUUGUUGGUAGGUUGCCCAUCUCUGAUGGAAUGUUGUUUCGUUGUAUUCUUUAUGAAUUGUUGUAUCAUAUACUCUUCAAUUUUGACGCGUAAGCGUCUUUUUCACUCAACAAGGACAUGCAUAAGCAACCUGCAGAA